AACUUCAUCGACUGGGUCACGUACGUGGGCCUGAUCGGCUCACUCGUGAGUCACUUUGUGGACAUCGGCAUACAGUCCCUUCCCGAUAACAGCGAACAGGCUCUUGUCACGGCUCGCUGGCACGCUCGUAUCGUCUCCAUAACACUACUUCUGGUCUGGCUACGUAUCCUGAAAUCCGUCCGGGCCUACAUCGAGUUAGGUCCCUUUAUUGUGAUUUUGAACAACCUCGUCUACGUUGUUGGUCAAUUCAUCUUCCUCUACCUCGUGUUCUUCAUACCAUACAGUAAGUUCUUAUAG